AUGCGUAAAGUGGUCACAUACGACGAUAUCGACAUGGAUGAAACAGAAAAUGAAUUCACUGACAGCAUUGAUCACGAGUUUGACACAGAACCAGAGGACAUUCCCACAGAAGAACACGUACAACAAACCAUAAACUAUAUAGAAGAAACUCAAAAGACAUUCAUUAAAUUAAAUAUUGGAGGCGUUACAUUUAAUACAAGCUACAAAACUCUUUCAAAUUCUCCUGAAUCCGUUCUAGCACAUUUGAGAAACAAGAACCUAACAGUUACCGACAACACCAUUUUCAUAGAUAGAAGCGGGAAACAUUUUGAAUACCUCCUAAAUUUUCUUCGCAAUGGCUGUGUUAUACCCCAGAGCUUAUUACCUUCUAAUAUCACCAUCACGGAAGAAAUCCUUAUGGAAUCGAGAUUUUACAAUAUCUGUGAACUGACUAGGAAACUGGAGACACAUCUACGACAUCUCAAGCUGGGCACCAUCAACUAA